UAACGGGAGAUGCGAUUUAGAACGAAAUUACAACGGGGGAGUAAAAAGUUUUGCACUAGGUGACACAAGCUGUCAGCCAAUCUAUGGUCUAUCCGCUUAUCUAGUCUGUUCCUUUCGGUUCGUUUAUCCAUUCACUCAUCCUCGCUCCUCUCGCUCCUCGUAGAACCGUGGUACUGUUUUCCACGUCGUUUAUAUCAGAUAUUGUUAAUCACAGCGUCGAAAAUCAUGUUCUGUGUUUUAUUAUGAUGACUGUAACUCUAUUUGGGGGGCUGUCUAUCAGGAUUUAGAUUUAAAAAAAUGGCGCGCUAACGUCUGCGAGAAGCUGGCAUCGGUUCUGCUUACCUCUGGGACAAGCAGACGAAGCGCCCACAGACAUCGUUUUAACACGUUGGUUUUAUCAUCGUAACAGGCCGGUCUUGGCCCUGUCUCUAAAUAUGUCCGACGACGAAGGAGGAAGUCUGAUGUUCAGAGCGUUCAGUGUGCCAGACACUGGCGAAGAGUACGACCUGGACAUUCCCCCCACCUCUGGAAACGAAUACCUCCGCAGAGUGCAGCAGGAGGCCUACAACUGUCCUGAUGUUGUGGUUGCAAACCUGGACACCAGCAAGUUCACGAGCAGACAGACCGUACGGUUUAACGACUCAAGCGAGUGUGCCCCACCUCCCGAUGGUUUGGCUCCGACUUUAGAGUGGCAGAAAGAGCAAGUGGCCAAUUUCUCGGCGACCAGGCAGCUACUCGCAAGGCACAAGGCCCUGAUGAAAAAGAGCAAAGCAAAGUGUCCCGUUAGAUUGCCUCGAGCAGACGACAAGGAGAGAUGGCGAAGUGUCUGCUAUGGAUCUGCCCCACCUGCCAUAGCACCUCUGCUCAGCAUUGUCUCGGCCAUUCCACAGCACACAGUUGACAAUCUGAUAAACUACAACACCCAGUGGAUUCAAGAAAAGGGAUUUUGCAUUGAAAUGGGGGUGUGGCUGUAUGCACUGUUGGCCUGCUUGGAAAAGCCACUGCACCCAGAAGCUUGCUCCAAUAUCAGGGCUCUGGCACGGGCUUGCGCGUCGGCAAGAAGAUCUCUGACGUCGAAGAGUGAUGACCGCCUGCUGCCACUCAACCUCAUCAUCUGCCUCACCGCCCGCUACUUUGGUCAGCAAGAUCUUGCCGACCCCUGAGAAGGCUGCAGGAGUUCUACCCCAAUGCGUGCCACCUUUCCCAAAAGCGUAUUUCAUGCCCGUCAACGUCGUGACCGUCUUGGCAGUAAAUAAAGUGCACCAGCCAGAUUACCGA